AUGACAGAAGAAAAAGCUGAAGCAAUAAAAACAAUGAAAUCUUCAGGUCUAACUACAAUGGACACUUACAAUUACAUGGCUACAGAGGCUGGAGGAGAACAGAAUAUAGGUCAUAGUGUUGUAGAUCACCUGAAUUUUUGCUCAAGGUUAAGAAUGGAACAAAUUGAGGCUGGAGAUGCUCAAACUUUAGUGAACAUUUUAAAUCAGGAACAAUCAAAGGAUCCAAACUUCUUUUUUAGAGUUAAGUUUGGCAAGGAAGGAAGAAUUUCCAAUAUCUUUUGGAGAGAUUCAAUGAUGCUAGAAGACUAUAGGAUAUAUGGAGAUGUGCUUGUCUUUGAUACAACAUACAGAACCAACAGAUAUAAUCUUAUAUGUGCUCUAUUUGUUGGAAUAAAUAAUCACUGGCAUAAUUGUAUGUUUGCAUGUGCUUUUAUUCGGGAUGAAAAAACAGAUUCAUUCGUUUGGCUACUAGAAACAUUCUUGAAAGCUAUGGAGAAUAAAAAACCAACUCCAAUAUUCACUGAUCAGGACCAAGCAAUGGCAAAUGCAAUUGAGCAGGUGCUUCCUAAUACAAGGCAUAGACUUUGUAUCUGGCAUUUGGAACAAAAUGCUAUAACCAGAUUUGGAGCUCUUAAAAAAGACAAAGAAUUCAAGUAUGCAUUCAACCAGUGUUUAAAGAUGUGUGUGACAGAACAAGAAUUUGAAGCAAAAUGGCAAGCAAUGAUGCAAAAAGAUGAGUUGACAGCACACUCUUGGUACCAAAGAGUGUACGAGUUGAAAGAGAAAUGGUGUCCUGCCCUUAGUAGAGAUUUCUUUUCAGCAGGAAUCUUAUCGUCACAAAGGAGUGAAAGCACUAAUCAUGCAAUAGGAUUCAGAGCAAGUAAAGCAACUACCUUGACAGAAUUUUAUACCAUAUUUAAGAAAACAAUCAAUCGUUGGAGAAGCACAGAGAAAUAUGAUGAGUUUACCUGUAGCAAGUCAAUAGCAUUCACUUCAUUGCCACUAUCUGGAAUGCUAAAACAUGCUGCUCAGGUUUUCACUUUGUCACUCUUUAGAGAUUUUGAAGAGGAGUUUGGAUAUUCUAUGGCAACAACUGUUCAAAUGAUUGGAAGAAAUGAAGAAUGUCUACUCUAUCAGGUAGCCCUGGAAGACAAGCCAUGCAUUCUACACUUGCAUUCAGUAACAAGAAUACCAGACAAGUAUGUUUCAAAAAGAUGGACUAAGUUUGCAAAAACAGAGGCAUGGGAUAGGUUGAAGAAUCAGGAUCCUACACAUCAAUAUAUUCCAUGGAGACAAACAAUGAUAAGGAAAUACUACAAUCUAAUCUUAAAGAGUCAAGAAAAUGAAGAAACAAGAUAA